AAUUCGCUCGCUGCAGCUAUACUUGACUCACGACUACUCCUACUGCCCACAUCACUAUACACAGACUCGGUGAAAGGCUGUAUGCUGUACUCGUGACUGUGCUCAUGACUUGUCUACGAGCGUUCUGUUCCGCAAUCUGCAGACGAGCAAGCGGAUGACCCAAGCGCUUGCUUUGAAAUUGCGGAGACGAACCUCUCCUGCCCAUGCCCAUUCUGAUUCCCACCCUCCGCCAUCACCGCCGUAACGCCAUCCUUGACAUCUCGAUUAUCGCUUGCAAACCGUGGGAGCGUCUUCACUCUUCACCAGACGCGAGGCGUGCAAUGAGCGCAUACGCGAACAAACCCUUGUUGGGACCUUUGACCAAGAAGCAAUGGGAGAACUGGCUCAGCAAGCAUCCAGACGAUGCGAAUGGCGUUAGACUUCUCAUAGUCCGCAAAGAGGAUCAACAAGCGAGGAAAUCGAAGCACGUCAACUACGCAGCAGCGCUGGACGUGGCAUUGUGUUUUGGUUGGAUAGACUCCAGAGGCAAGCCGCACGACGAGCAUUACGCCGAGCGCUGCUUCACCCCCAGGAGAAGAAACAGCAAUUGGUCUCAAGUGAACAUAGCCCAUGUGGCCAGAUUGACAGAGGCCGGUCGAAUGCGCGAAGCAGGUCUGCGAGAGGUCGAGAGAGCAAAACAAGAUGGCAGGUGGGAUGCAGCAUACCGACAAAAGGGGAUGGAACCGGAUGCCAAAUUCCAAGCAGCUUUGGAUGAUCACCCCAAAGCCAAGGCUUUUUGGGCCACGCUGAACAAGACGCAGAAGUUCAAAUUUCUCUUUCGUCUUUCAAAUAACAAGCUCGAAAAGACCAAAGCGAAGAAUGUGGCUCUGUUCAUUGAGCUGCUCGAGCAGCAGCGGACGCUAUGAGCAUGAAGCGGCGUACGACCAUCGGAGACUACCUCGAAGUGCACGGCUCCAGCGAUGCGCUUCGUCUGAUGCCGCACGACUGUACAGGCGACCAUGCGCAAGUAGAGAAGCCUUUGGACCUACUUUUGCUUUCGGAGUACGCACCUUUCCCUUCACGCGUCGGUGGUCGUUGAAGUAUUGGCGUGCACCAUCGAUGAUGGGCGUCGGGAUGUUCAUCGGUCAGCGCGCCUUCAGUCCGAUUUGUUUGGCCAAAGAUGUGAUAGUGGCACGUGGCCACUGCAGACUCUAAGCUUGGGUAGCGUAGGAGAAGAAUGACGUUCUAUUCUAUUCCUUGCAACGGCUUUCUGAGCAAGAAAUUCUUCACCAACUCCGCAAAUUCCAAUGGCUUCUCAGCCUGCACCCAGUGGCCCGUGUCGAGAGAAGCAUGCUGUGCAUUGGGAAAGAAAGCAUCGCAGAUGGGUAUAUUGUGGCGAUUGAUAUAC